GGGUUGAGGAGGCGGCGUGCUGAAUUCUUCGGUUGAGCAUUUGGAGGCAAAAUCAAGAAAACCAGCAUAUGAAAUAAAUGAGGCAGACCCUGACUGGGCACCAUCCUUAUGCCUGGGACACACAUGUGUUCAGCCCACCAACGUGGACCGCUCUUCUAGGCGAAGUAGGCGUGAGAAAUUUAGGAUGGAGGAAGAUGUUGGUGAGCUACAGGAGGAACCGUCAGCACCCUUUAGAUGCUCCUUCUGACCUUCAUGCGCCUGCGUUUGAACCUGCCUACACUACACAUUGCACACAUAUUCCAUGUUUCCCGUAAGACUGUGUAUUGAGUGUUCAGUGGCAUGGUGCCCUUUUUACAUGCUAACUUGAGACGAGCAAUUGUUUGGCCCAACAGAGAAACACUUUAUAAAACAAUGCCUCACGAGUUUGUUGAGUCCUUCAGACGCAGAGUUGCAGUGAUUAUUGACUUUUUUAAAAUUUUUACAGAGAAACCAUCAAAUGUUUUCUAGUUACAAGCAUAACUGUUAUGUCCUCUGGUCUUAUGUUGACUACUUUUUGGGUUUAAUUUCUUUCUAAGAUUGUACAUUGUUCAUCCGUCCACAGGAUGUCGCUAUUCUAACUCAGAAUCUUAAGUUUUUCUUUGGUAUUGCUGUUUGCGCUCGGCUUCCCCUAGUGGCGACUUGCUGUAAGCAGCAGGCAGAAAGAACUUUUUAUUUCAGUUGGAAAAGAGGCCUUGAGGUGUUAAGACGUUACACACCUCCUCUGCACCAUACAUCGUUGGGAACCCUUGACAAAACAAAAUCUCUCGCUGCCAAAGUCGAGUAGCCAUACGCUCGGCUGAGGGCAGAAGAGUAAAAAGAUUUUCAACACAUCAAGCACCCAAGAUGUCUCAACAAGAAGUUUCACCACCUAUCAGCCAAGUGGUCACCAGGUCGGAGGCCAGUCAUUCUCAUUCUUCACGCCGGUCCAGAACGAGUCAAGCUGCUGCACAAGCACGAGCAGACGCCGAAGCUGCCUACGCCAGAGCACGGUACGCCAAACGCCAAAUCGACAUGGAGGUCGAGAAGGCACGCAUCGAGGCAACACUACACGCUCUGAAGACGGAAGGUGAAGCAGAAGCAGCGCUCGCCGCAGCUAAAGUUUGGGAGGCGACUUUCGAAGAAGAGGAGCGCGCCAAAGUCGACCUCAGCGAGCAAGGGGUAUUUUCCAAGACACCCCCCUCCAUCAGGCGUGCACAAGAGUAUGUGCAUGCUCACUUUGACGACCAGCGUGUGCAAGCAGAUGGCACACAAACGCCAAACACUGAGCACCUGGUUAGGCACAAUGACUCUCAACAACCAGAAAAUAGCCCAAAAUCAGCUGGUGCUUUUCCACAUGUGCGUCACAUCGACAUCGCUGACGAAGAGCAUCUCCAAUCUCAUCGUGGGAGAACGGACAUCUCACACCAGCCUACUCCUUCAGCAACCCCACAAAGUGAACUGUCCAAUUUAGCAGCCUAUCUAGCACGGCGUGAUCUGCUGACAUCGGGGUUCAAGGUUUUCGACAACCGGCCAGAGUCCUACCUGUCCUGGAAGUCCAUGUUCUGCAACGCGACGGAAGGCCUCAAUCUCAAGCCCAGCGAAGAGCUCGACCUUCUCACCAAGUGGCUCGGCGGGGAGUCUCUUCAACACGCUCAGAGGAUCAGGGCGGUCCACGUGAGUAAUCCACAGGCAGGUCUCCAACGUCUGUGGCAGCGGCUAGACAAGACUUAUGGCUCUCCAGAGGUAAUUGAAUCCUCACUCUUCCAACGGUUGCAGACUUUUCCAAGAAUCUCCAACAAAGACACUCACUUACUGCAGGAGCUUGCUGAUCUUCUGUUAGAGCUAUCGUAUGCCAAAAGUGAAAGUUAUUUGCCGGGUCUUAGCUUUCUCGACACACCAAGGGGCAUAAACCCGAUAGUUGAAAAACUCCCAUAUGGACUCCAGGAGUCAUGGGUUACACAAGGUACCAAAUACAAAAGGGAAAACGGUGCAGUCUAUCCACCUUUUUCGUAUUUUGUGCGGUUCGUAAAUGACUACGCUGAAAUGAGAACAGACCCUAGCUUUAUGUUACAGUGUUCAAACGUAAUAAAUCCAAGGGUUGAUAAGACAUCAGUAAGACGAGACAAAUACAGAGUUCCAUUGGCGGUGAAUAAAAUAGAGAUCAGUCCGGCUAAAUUGACAGCACUCGAUCCAGACAAACAAUGUCCUAUCCACCAAAAACCACAUUCACUCGUCAAAUGCAGGGGGUUUAGAAUGAAAACACUAGACGAAAGAAAGAACAUUCUCAAAGAGCACGCCAUUUGUUUUAAAUGUUGUGCGUCCACAAAUCACAGGGCUCGAGACUGUAAAGCUAUUAUCCAAUGCUCAGAAUGUGAUAGCGAUGCUCAUGUGUCUGCCAUGCAUGUCGGUCCACCUCCAUGGACACCUCAAGACUUUAAUCCCCCAACCCAGAGUCACGGCGGGGAGUCUGAGGGCCCAAAUCCUGUGAACACAGCCAGUUGCACAGAAGUAUGUGGGCAAGGCGUAAAAGGAAAAUCAUGCUCAAAGAUCUGUUUAGUUAAUGUAUAUCGCCGAACUUCUCCAGAAAAGAAAAAGAGGGUAUAUGCCAUGUUGGAUGAUCAGAGCAAUUCAUCCUUAGCCAGAUCUGCGUUUUUUGACAUGUUUAAUGUGCAAGGUACCAUAUUCCCAUACACCAUGAGAACAUGUGCAGGUUUAUCAGAGACACGAGGUCGCAAAGCUGAUGGCUUUGUUGUAGAAGAUGUAGAUGGUAAGGUCUCCAUGAUGCUGCCUACAAUAACAGAAUGUGAUCAGAUUCCAGAUAAUAGAGACGAAAUUCCCAGCCCUGAGGUAGCAGCAGCUCACCCUCAUUUGCGAUCAAUCGCUUCACAGAUUCCUCCUCUCGACCCAUCGGCAGACAUUCUUCUGCUCCUGGGAAGGGACAUCAUUCAGGCUCAUAAAGUUCGUGGUCAGGUAAAUGGGCCAAACAAUGCACCUCAUGCCCAGCGUCUCGAUUUAGGAUGGGUUGUCAUAGGUGAUGUCUGUCUCUCUGGAGCUCAUAAACCCACAUUGAACUCAUUUAAGACGAACGUUCUAAACAGUGGACGUCCCACGUUCCUCAGUCCUUGCGAAAACACGAUCGUUAUCAAAGAGAAAUACACCAAAAACGAUCCACUAAACACACAAGCGGAACUAGGACAACAUAUUUUCCAACAAACAACAAAUGACGACAAAGUUGCACUUUCGGCAGAAGAUGCGUUGUUCCUAGACAUUAUGCACAACAACUUUGCUAAAGAUGAGGCGAAUAACUGGGUAGCUCCACUUCCAUUCCGCUCACCUAGGCGGCGCCUACCUGACAAUCGGGAGCAGGCCUACAAUCGUUUAAUGUCGCUCCGCAAAACGCUGAGAAGAAAACCUGAAAUGAGAGCGCAUUACGCUGAGUUUAUGGAGAAAAUAUUCAGCAAGGGCCAUGCCGAACCAGCGCCCGCACUGGCGCCAGAUCAAGAGUGCUGGUAUCUCCCUAGUUUUGGCGUUUACCACCCGCAAAAGCCAGAAAAAAUUAGGGUAGUCUUUGAUUCGAGUGCUCAACUUGACAAUGUUUCUCUCAAUGACGUGCUCCUCAAGGGACCAGAUCUUAACAACACUCUCGUAGGAGUUCUGAUGCGGUUUAGGUCCGACCCAUACGCCGUCAUGGCAGAUGUGGAGCAUAUGUUUCACAACUUUAUAGUACGAGAAGACCACCGUAACUACCUUCGUUUCUUGUGGUUCCAAAAUCAUGACCUUGAUGGAAAAGUGCAAGAAUUUAGGAUGACUGUCCAUGUGUUUGGUAAUUGUCCUUCCCCAUCAGUCGCCAUCUUUGGACUGAAAAGAACAGCCAUAGAAGGAGAAAUGGAAUUUGGCAGUGACGCAAAAGAAUUCAUUGAACGGCACUUCUAUGUAGAUGAUGGGCUAAAGUCAUUCUCUUCCAUAGAGCAGGCCAUUGAUGUUCUUAGUAGGGCACAGAAGAUGCUGGCUCAGUGUAACAUACGCCUGCACAAAAUCUCAUCCAAUUGUCCUCUCAUAACAGGAGCCUUUCCAACCGAAGAUCGUGCUGUAGGCAUGCAAGGUCUUGACAUUGGGCAGACUACCCCACCAAUGCAGCGCAGUUUGGGCUUAGGAUGGGAGCUGUUGACUGACCAAUUCAAGUUCCAAGUAAGAGUAAAUGAAAGGCCGUUCACAAAAAGGGGAGUUCUGUCAGUUAUCAACAGUGUGUUCGACCCACUUGGUUUUGCUAUUCCAGUAAUCGUAGGGGGUAGAACCAUACUCAGAGACAUUUCCACAAAUGUUUCAGAGUGGGACACUGAACUGCCAAAAGACAAAUUAGAACAGUGGCAAAAGUGGAAAAGUUCCCUCGGACACCUACAACAUCUUGAAAUUCCCAGAAUGUACACUUCAAUACCGCUGUCUGCAGCCCAAAGAAUAGAGAUUGACGUUUUUUGUGAUGCUUCCACAAAAGCCGUAGGUGCGGUAGCCUACCUCAAACUCACAAAUGAGGACGGACACAGCGAAGUGGGAUUCCUCCUCGGCAAAGCACGUUUAGCUCCUAAACCAGACAUCACCAUACCCCGACUUGAACUCUGUGCAGCAGUCCUGGCCGUGGAAGUAGCAGAGUUGGUUCUAGAGGAGCUGGAUGUCACAGUCGAUCAGGUGAAUCUUUACACAGACUCAAAGGUAGUGCUUGGGUACAUCUCAAACAUGAAGAGACGCUUUCACGUUUAUGUGCACAACAGAGUCGAACGCAUCAGGCGCUUUGCACAAACUCACCAGUGGCAUUACGUGCCCACACACUUAAAUCCGGCAGACCAUGCCACACGAGCGUUGCCCGCUGAGCAGCUCUCCAGCUCCACCUGGCUCAGAGGCCCAGCUUUCCUCUCCAGGUUGGACCAAAGUCAAGUUCGAAGUCAAACCUUCGAUCUCAUAGACCCAGAGACUGACUGUGAGUUGCGUCCUGAGGUAACAACUUGCACUACCACCCUAUCAAAAGGCCAGUUUAAUAGUGCCAGAUUUGAAAGGUUUUCAAGUUGGAAGGUGCUGCAAAAGGCUAUUGCCAAACUCCAACAUAUAGCUCAAUCAUUCAAGAACAACUCUGAGGUUUCCUGUCGUGGCUGGCACAACUGCAACAAACAUUUAACUGAAAAGUCACUGCAACUAGCCAAGACCACGAUCAUUCGCACCGUUCAAAGAGAGGUCUUCGCAGAAGAUAUUGGAUGCAUUGAAAAAGGCACAGCUUUAAAAAACUCAAGUCCACUCAGCAAACUGAAUCCAUUUGUUGACACGCAAGGGCUCCUUAAAGUUGGAGGCCGACUAAAGAAAGCACAGUUGUCUGCAGAAGAAACCAAUCCCAUACUAAUCCCUGGAAAGCACCAUCUUGCUCAGCUCAUAAUAAGACACUUUCACGAAAAAUUAUGUCACCAGGGAAGGCAUUUCACGGAGGGAGCAGUCAGAGCAGGGGGCUUUUGGAUUGUGGGAGGAAAAAGAGCAGUAAGCAGUGUGAUUUUCAAGUGCAUCACAUGCCGCAAAUUAAGGGGCAGGCAACCUGAACAGAUCAUGGCUGAGCUACCUGAAGACAGGCUGUCCACGGACCCUCCUUUCACAAAUGUAGGCCUUGAUGUGUUCGGUCCCUGGUCCGUUACAGUGAGAAAAACGCGUGGUGCUAAUGCAGAUGCUAAAAGAUGGGCAGUCAUAUUCACCUGCAUGAGUACACGUGCAAUUCAUAUUGAAGUGAUUGAGUCAAUGGACACAUCGUCGUUCAUUAAUGCACUGCGUCGUUUCUUUGCCAUCCGAGGUGGUGCCAAACUCUUGAGAGCUGAUUGUGGGACAAAUUUUGUGAGUGCCUGCAAAGAGCUCCAAAUAGACAAACUAGGCUGUCACAAUGACAAAAUAGGCACAUUCUUGAAAGACAGUGCGUGCAAAUGGCAGUUUAAUCCUCCACAUGCAUCCCAUAUGGCUGGUUCCUGGGAACGCAUGAUCGGCGUCACCCGAAAAAUCCUCAAUGCAAUGCUCCUUGAACAUCCAUAUGGGAAGCUCACACAUGAAGUACUCGUGACAUUGUUAGCUGAAGUCACCGCAAUUGUAAAUGCACGCCCGCUAACAGCUGUUUCUACAGAUCCCGAAAACCCAGUCAUUCUUACUCCUGCGAUGCUACUCACGCAAAAGGUUGGCACACCACCGAUUCCACCAGGGCAGUUUCAGACCAGUGACCUAUUCAAAGCCCAAUGGAAGCGCGUGCAGUACUUAGCUAAUGUUUUCUGGAGUCGUUGGCAGAAAGAAUACAUCGCAGGCUUGCAGGUUCGUCGCAAGUGGAAAAUAAAAAAGCCGAACCUUCAAAUGGGCGACGUUGUUUUAAUGAGGGAGUCUCUGGAACAUAGGAAUAAUUGGCCACUCGGACUGAUCACAAAAUCUUUCCCAAGUGAGGACGGUAAUGUCAGAAAAGUUGAGGUUAAGAUUUGCCGAAACGGCGAGAAUAGGUUUUACAUUCGCCCAAUUCGUGAAGUUGUGCUUUUGAUGUCUAAGGAUAGCAUGUAAAACGAGUUGUUGUUUUGUAUCGUUCAUUAGUUAAGGGCUGACAUCUUGCAGAUGUCAGGCGGGGAGUGUUAUGUCCUCUGGUCUUAUGUUGACUACUUUUUGGGUUUAAUUUCUUUCUAAGAUUGUACAUUGUUCAUCCGUCCACAGGAUGUCGCUAUUCUAACUCAGAAUCUUAAGUUUUUCUUUGGUAUUGCUGUUUGCGCUCGGCUUCCCCUAGUGGCGACUUGCUGUAAGCAGCAGGCAGAAAGAACUUUUUAUUUCAGUUGGAAAAGAGGCCUUGAGGUGUUAAGACGUUACACACCUCCUCUGCACCAUACAUCGUUGGGAACCCUUGACAAAACAAAAUCUGUAAGUUUUUUUACCACACACACACACGCACACGCACGUUCACGCGAAGAAAUAAAUGAGAGGAAGGAGUUUGGGCCUCCAUUUUUCUUUGUUGGUUUAGCUCGCUGCCAAAGUCGAGUAGCCAUACGCUCGGCUGAGGGCAGAAGAAUAACUACACCAUGAAAUAUCUAACUGGAAUCACACCAAAGGGGGGAAUUUGUUUGAUGUCAAAAGGUUGGGGUGGUCACACAAGUGACAAACGUAUCACCUUGAACAGUGCUUUUUUUAAUAACCUUUUGCCCGGGGACAUUGUCUUGACUGACAGAGGCUUUGAUAUUCAAGAACAUGUGGGUAUGUUAUGUGCAGAGGUCAAACUCCCUGUGUUCACAAAAGGUCGCUGUCAGUUAGCUGGUAGAGAUGUGGAGGAGACUAGGAAGAUAGCACAUUUGAGGAUCCAUGUUGAACAGGUAAUUGGUAAUCUUUGCCAGAAGUAUAAGAUCCAAAAGGAACUAUACCUAUUAACUUGGUUCUGCCAUGUGUUACAAACCUUUGCCCAACUGUUGUGUAGUUUGUACUGUUAUACCAUUUACUAUGCUAACCG